AGAGGGCAAUAUAGCGGGAGGACCACAUGUUGUUGAAUGGGUGUUUUUGGAGAAAGAGAGUAGGGAUUUUUUUUUUUUUUUAAAGAGAUAAAGCAUUAUGGGAUAGAUAAUGGUUGCUCUUUUAUUCUUCGCUGUUCAGCAUUGGUAUUAAGUGCCUGACGUGUUUGUGAACUGGAAAAAAUGAUUACCUGUUUCUUGUCCCGUGUGUAUAGAAGAGCUCUUUUAUAUGACAUCUGCCGUAGAAGUCUAUUUCGAGUUUACAGGCGGGCAGCAAGUUAUAGCUGUUAUGAGCUGACCCAUCGCCAGUUGUUAAGCCUGCGUGGUGAGGACACCAUAGUUUUUUUGCAGGGUUUGAUCACCAACGACGCAGAACAGUUGAAUAACACCUGCGAAUGCCGUACGCUGUAUGCACACCUAUUAAAUGUUCAGGGUAGGACCCUCUUUGACGUGCUUCUGUACAGUGUGGAAGACAGUCAGAUGAAAGAGCACUUUGUUCUGUUAGAGCAUGAUAAUAACAUAAAAGACUUACUUCAGAAACACAUGCUAUUUUACAAGAUUCGAAGAAAAGUGAGCAUAGUCCCUUGCUCCAGUUUUUCAGUUUGGUCUGUUCUUCCAUCAGAGCCUGGCAAAGAUAAGGAAAAUAUUUUGCAGCAUGUGAUGAAUAGCAAAAGUGCCUUGUUUUUUGGUUCUGAUCCUCGCACAGCCAAGAUGGGCUGGAGACUUAUUGUAGAAAAUCAGGUGAACCCACUGCAGAUUAUACCAGAUAGCAGACUUGGAGAUAUUGGAGAUUACCACAGACACAGAUAUACUCUAGGGCUACCUGAAGGAGUGAAGGAUCUUCCUCCAGGAGGAUGUCUUCCUUUGGAAUCCAAUCUUGCAUACAUGAAUGGAGUCAGUUUUACAAAAGGCUGUUAUAUAGGACAGGAGCUGACAGCCAGAACUCAUCACACUGGAGUAAUCCGGAAACGACUUAUGCCAGUACAGUUCUUAGAAUCUUGUGAAGCAACAGAGAGUAGUGAUGUUGUAACUGAAACUAGGAAACCUGUUGGAAAGCUCCGUUCUUGCAUUGGUGACUUGGGAUUGGCUCUUCUGCGGCAAGUUAAUACCAUGGAAAAGCUUUUUAUUCUCUCAACUAAAAACUCCUGGGUUCAGAUCAAAGCAGGUAUUCCAGAUUGGUGGCCGAAAGAUGACAGAAAUAUCUAAUGAACACAAAUCUUGGAAAAUUUGACGAAGAUAUGGUUUACUGAUGCAAUGAUGAUUAAAACCACUUGUGAAUAAUGACUAUCUAAUACAUUUUGCAUGUUCCUUAUGUAAUUCAGAUGGUUUUACUCAAGACUUCUUAUACUUACAAUUGAGUUACUACUCCUGAUCUUUAUCAGGGGGCAAUAUUUGAUGAGAGGUUGCUUUUUUACUUUAUUUUGCUAUAUCUUUCAGGUUACUUGAAAAUCACCACACCUGUUUUUACAAAACUUUGCAGUUAUUUCUGGUAUAGUCUAACUUAGAAUAAAGGCUAAUAAAAAAAAUAAUAGAUUUUAUACAUAUAAAUAUCUAGAAAUAAUAAAAACUGAAACAGCCUGAGUUGCGGUUGUCAUCUGAAAAAAUACUAAAAGUAAAAAUUGCUUAAUAGCACUUAAUAGUCUGCAGAUGACAGCAAUAGAUCAAUACUGUGCAUUAUUGAAAUUGCACUGAAGGAAUGGCACUGUAUUUACAAUCUACUGUAUUAUUAUUAUACAUAUAAAAUUUAAUUUCUGCCUGUGUGUUUGAG